AUGCAAUACCUCCAACCUUCUCAUCUAUACACCCGUUUAAUAGACACAAUACCCACAUCCAUACCUUUACCUUGGUCCUCCGAUCCAGCAGUGAAAGGAGAUCCCAAAAAGAGUGUUAAAUGGAUUGAUGGUCUCCGAGGAAUCGCCUCAUUCCUAGUAGUCCUCACCCAUCUCGCCCGAGCCUGGGACUAUGGUCUAUUCUCACCACGCGACAACGAAAAAGCCACCCCACGAAUCCUCCAAUGGCCCAUCCUCCGCAUCCCCUGGCAAGGCCGCCUGGGCGUAACAAUCUUCGCCUUCCUAACUGGCUAUGUCUGCGCGCUCAAACCACUCAAGCUGUCGCGAGCAGGUGAUACAACAGGGGCAUUCGAAACAAUAGCAAAGAGCGCCUUUCGUCGACCGCCACGACUCAUCUUCCCGGCAACGAUUGCGCUGUUCAUUUCGUGGAUUGUCGCGCAAUUCGGCGGCUUUAUAGUUGCCAAUAGGUCUGAUUGCUGGUGGUGCCGAUAUGCGGCACCAGAUCUGGCAGAUUCCUUCUGGAAGGAACUUCUUCGUCUGCCGAUGAAUUUCUUGUCGACUUGGACGACCGGAUAUAUGGCGUACGAUGAUCAUCAGUGGGCACUGCUACCACUGCUUUGUUCGUCUAUGUUGGUUUUCCUGGUGCUUUCCGCGACCAUGUUCGUCAAGUUUCGAUAUAGGGUUGUGGUCUAUAUUGGAAUGCUAUUAUAUUUCCAUCAGAAUGCAGGAAAGGAUAUAGAAACUUUCCAAAUGCAGGCCAUCUACGGCAUGCUCCUCAGUGACUUCUCCUACCACACAGCUCUCAAAGACUGGAUAGAACAACACCCGCGAGGAAGGAAGAUGAUCACCAUUCCACUCACAAUUUUCGCAUUGCUCAUCGCUUCAUACCCCGGUGAACAUCCCGAAUGGGCCGGUUGGUCUAACGACUUCCUCUCCAGCAGACUUCUCCUCUGGCUCGGCAAGCAGAGUUUCGCUGUUUACCUCAUCCACGGAACUAUGUUGCGCGUUGUCCUCUGCUGGAUGCUAUAUGGCAUCAGCGGUCAGCCGUGGAAGGGCCCUGAGCCAUUGACUGACGACAAGCGCGAUGACUGGUUGCGUAUCCGGCCGCCGUGGGUCGUUGGUAUUAGUAUUCCGAUCUGGAUUGGGCUUGUUUAUGUCCUUGCGACGCUGUGGACGGCGUAUGUGGAUACAUUCUGUGCUUCUAUGACUCAGAAGCUGGAGAAGGCUGUUUUUGUUGAGGACGAGAAGACACCGUUGCCUUCGCAAUCGAUCCCUAUGCAGACGACUUGA